UGCGCAGUAGCAUCGGGUCGACAAAAUUCAAACUGGACGGCGGGUAGUUGAGGCAGACUGAAAAAAAGAAAAACAAAAAAGGCGUCGUUGUCGAGGAUUUAACCAAAAGUUAAGGAAAAUGACGAGCACAUUGAAAGGAAUCACUCUGAAGGGAAGCGCGGAGCUCGUUGCCGAUUUCUUCUCGUUCGGCAUCAACAGCAUCCUGUACCAGCGAGGCAUCUAUCCUCCAGAGACGUUCACCAGAGUCACAAAUUAUGAUAUGAGCCUUCAUCUGACCACAGACCCCAAACUGAAGAACUACCUGACCAACGUGGUGUCUCAACUCAAAGAGUGGCUGUUUGAGUGCACCGUGCAGAAGCUGGUUUUGGUGAUCACGUGUCUGGAGACCAACGAGGUGCUGGAGAGAUGGCAGUUUGAUAUCGAGUGUGACAAGUCGGCCAAGGAGAGCAGUGCUCCCAGAGAGAAGUCCAUAAAGACGAUUCAGGAUGAGAUCCGCUCUGUGAUCAGACAGGUCACCGCCACUGUGACGUUCCUGCCGCUGCUCGAGACGCCGUGUGCCUUUGACCUCCUCAUCUACACCGACAAAGACCUGGAGGUCCCUGAAAAGUGGGAGGAGUCCGGUCCGCAGAUCAUCGACCAAUCGGAGGAGGUGCGUCUUCGCUCCUUCACCACCUCCAUCCACAAGGUGAACAGCAUGGUGGCGUACAAGAAGACGGAUUAGCUUUAAACCUCACAAGCUGUAAAUAUCACCGACCACUAGCCCCCUCGUAGAAACCUGUCGAUUUUACACCGCCCUGUCCUACCUCACCGUCUGCGUCUCUGUUCAGUUUUUCUUUACUUCACCUUUUGAGAAGAAGCGUGCAGCGUCCUGUUCUGUCCGCUCUGAUGUAAAUAUUUCUCAAGAACACUUAUCGAACUGUUAAGACAAGAAGAGUUGUUCCUAAGUGUUUCUCCCUUUCUCUCUGUUUUAGAAGCGAGUGGUUUGUUUGUUCUACUUUUAUAAAAAUGUCUCAAAUAAAAUGUCUUUCACAAAGA